GUCAGUAAUAAAAUAUAUUUAUCUACUAUGGACCGAAGAAAUUGAUAUUGUUGAGGUCAGUAAUAAAAUAUGACUUGCAACACAUUAAACAUUCCAUCCACUCGGACAUUUUAUUCGCAAGUGCCGCUCUAUGCACAACACAACUUGCUGAGCUGGACCAAUCAAAAACUAACUAAUAACUAAUUAUAAUAAACUAAAGGGACUGAUUAUAAUAACAGUAUAAAUUAAAGCUACAGGUUAACAGCCAAAACCACUGAUAUUGCCUGAAAUAUGGUCAAUAAUUGUUUUGUUACAUGUCAUCCAUAAGACACAUACAUUCGCUAUAACAGCUUGUUCUGAACGUGUACGAUAAAGCACUUGACCGUGACUAGUCUCAGGAGAGUGACGAGGAGCAUGAGUGACAGCUCCCCUUCAACUGUAACUGUGUAAACUGUCUGUAAUGCAUCAUACAUGUCACAGCUUCUUCAUAACUUUCUUACUUUAGUUGCUCAAAAAGUAUUGAGAAAAGUUCACAAAAUUGACAAGACAACUCUAAAAGUGGAACUUUAUGACGAGUCAACAGUUGACGAAAAGAUGACAGAACCGAUCAACUCGAUUGUCGUUAGAGGGGAGGAGAGAGCUCUUAAAGAUGAAGAAGUAGAAACUGUUGAAUUGUACUUUGAGAAUAAGAGGAAGUCAGGUGGAGGAAACAUUGAAAAACUUCAACAUGACAAGAACAAAAAAGCUAUUUACAUAACCUUUGAAGAAGGAGGAGUGGCUGAAAGAGUUGUUGGAAGACAGCACAAGUUACUGGGCAGAGCUCUCACAGUGAUGCUGGAUACUGCUGAGGAGGAGGAAGAUACAUCAGAAGAGCCGGAUGAUCCACUGACUACAGUUGUUGUUCAAGGAUGUGACUCUAAUGUUUCAAAUGAUUCAAUAACCCUGUACUUUGAGAAUAAGAGGAGAGGUGGUGGGGUGAACAUCGAAAAGAUACAACAUGAGAAAAAUGGCCUAGUCUACAUCACAUUUGAAACAGAAGACGAUGUAAAAAAGGUUAUGGAAAAAAGUCACAGCAUUGAAGGAAAUCGCCUGACUAUGAAAGUUUAUCAUCCACCCAAGAUGUACCAGGACAAGUUUCUUUUGACAAAUAUUCCUGAUUCCACCUCUCCAGAGAUGAUCUGCAACUUUGUAGAGGCUAAAGUGCAUUGUGAGGUAGCUGAAAAUGAUGGCAUUCUAUUUGGUGAAGAUCCUGGUGUGGUUCUAGUGUCAAUGGAAGACAAAUUAGAUUUUAAAGAAGUAUCAAUGAAUUUGACAAAAAGGAAAUUUGAGGGACAUACACUUGAGGUCAGAAGAGUGCCAGUUUCAAAAAGCAUAAUUGUAAAAAAUGUGCCAGCAGAAAUAUCAGCUGAUGCAUUAAGGAUGUAUUUUGAAAAUAAACGUCGAAGUGGAGGAGGAGACAUUUUAAAAGUUGACCUACACACUAAACAAGGAUGUGCCACCAUCACUUUUGAAGAGGAACAUGUGCUUCAGAAAGUGGUAGAAAAGAAGCAUAAAUUGUCCGGUUAUGAUGUAGAUGUUUCUCUAUACUAUGAUUGUCUUGGUUUGUUUGGUGGAAGUUCGGAGCCAUUAUGUCACAAUCUGCCAGACCCAGUUAUCAUAGAUGACAUUGACACCAACAUAAUUAAGUUCCUAAAUGUGAACCAACUUGAUUUUCAAGCUUUGCAGCAGCGACUAAACAAUUGUUGGGCUGAAGCAGAUAUAAAUGUUCAACAAAACCAAAUCCAAAUAAAACCAACAUUUACUUUAGACAUUCCAGACUCCAGGGCUAUUGCAGUGUCAUGGGACGACAGAGUGAAAUGCACAGUUCAUGAGUUCAUUGAUACAAUAGAAGUUCAACACGUUCAGUGUACCAGCGACAUCUGGUCUGAUAUGAUAAAGCAGCUGGACCAAAAAUUUAAGAUUUCAGAAGAAAGUCAUAUAUUUAUGGAUGAAACUAAAUUUGAUGUUGCCAUUGUUGAGAUGUCAGUUGGUCCUUUGACAGAAGAAGUGCGAAAGCUGUGUCAAGAACUUUCUGCAAAAUUUGAGAGAAAAAAGAGAGAAAUCACUAAAAACAAAAGUUUCAAUCCCAACAUACUCAAAGUGCUUGAAGAUGCUGAUUUUGUAGCAACAUUGAAAAAUAAGUUUAAAGAUGUUUCUGUGAAAAUUGAUGUAAACAAUGGACAGGUUACAACAACAGGUGUCCCUGAUGAAAUAAGCCAAGUUAUUGUGAAGAUCUAUGAAGAACAGGAGAAACUGAUAAAGCAAUCUUUCAAUGAUUUUCCAUUACACCCAUUUCAGCUUCUGCAGCAACCAGCAGUAUGUGAGCAACUUUAUACCAAAAUGCGUGGCCAGCUCCAUAUUAAUGCUGCAGCAUGGGAAGCCAGUGACAGCGGUGUCAAAAUUUAUUCAGUCUCUGAAUCUGGUGUCCUCAGUGCAAAACAGUUUCUGAAGGAUUCAAUCAUACAACGGAACAAUGAACUUGAUCAUGAAAAUUUACCUGUGGUUGAUUCAGAUAAGUUCCGGAGAAAAGUCUGUGAAAUCAAAGAAGCACAUGCACAUUGCCUGAACAUUGUUUGGAUUCAAGAACCACUGCAGGUCAUUGUGGCAGGUGUUAAUACAAAUGAAGUGGAUGCAGCCUGGUCUGAGAUUAAUGACUACAUCAAACAAAACAGCAUCUACACUGACACAGCUUUAUUACCCAACAAUGAAAGAAAGUUUAUUGUGAAGCAUUGUCAGGAAAGUGUUCACACAAUUAUGACCAGUCUGCAAGAAGGACAUGUAAAAAUAAUUUGUAAGGAAUACCAGUCAGAGUAUUCCAUUACCAUCAAGGCUACAAGAGAUGGGUUGACUGCAGCUAAGAACGAGUUGAUUGCAUUAGCAAAAUCCAUAUUGCAUGAGAGGCGCUCCAUUGUUGAUAAACCAGGCAUAAAGAUGUUUUUGACAAUACAUGUUUUGAAUAUGGUUGAGAAGAAAACUCACUGUGUUAUUGAAUUGCAUGAUGAGGAGGGCACUGAGUUGGAAGCCUCUGCCUUAACAGAUGUUGAUGAUGAUGAUGAUGAUGAUGAUGAUGAUGAUGAUAGUUAUGAAAUGGAAGCCAGUAGCAGGGAAAGAGCAAGAAGAAGAGAACAUGAAAGAGCUGGUGCAGUGUUUGGAAGAAAAGAGAAACCAAGUGAGAGACAGAAAGUGACAGCUGCUGUAAAUAAGACUUUAGCCAAUUCAGUAUCUCUCACCAUCUACUCUGAUCGUCGAAGCAACAUGGAUGAUGCUGUGGAAAUGAUUUGCAAAGAGUAUGAAAAUAAACGAGAGAAAAAAGUGGUACAAGAAGAUCAUAGCAAGACAUGGGAUGAUGAAAUGCUAGAUCUACCAGGCUGGUGCAGUGUUUGGAAAGAAAAGAGAAACCAAGUGAAGAAAAGAAAACAAAUUCCAGCUGCUGUAAGUAAGACUUCAGCCAAUUCAGUAUCUCUCACCAUCUACUCUGAUCGUCGAAGCAACAUGGAUGAUGCUGUGGAAAUGAUUUGCAAAGAGUAUGAAAAUAAACGAGAGAAAAAAGUGGUACAAGAAGAUCAUAGCAAGACAUGGGAUGAUGAAAUGGAAAAUGAAAAGCUCACAAAAGAGAGAGAAAAUGACAAAAAUCUGGCCAAGAUUCUACAGUGGUACACAGUUGGUACUGAUGAGACUGGAGCCAGAACUCUUGAUCCGUAUGAAGCAGAAUUGAAUUUCAAGAUUGAAAAGGCCUACAAAAAUAAUGAAUCCAAAUAUAUCUACAUGGACGAUGGAGCAAACUGUGUUGUUGAUUUUAUGAAAUGGCAAGAUUAUCCUGAAGAUGAUCCUGAUGAACCUUUACAAGUCAUUCGGAAAAAUCGGAUGGAGACUGGUUCCGUCACGCUUCCUGAAAAUUGGACACCUAUGGAUGAAGAUGUGAAACUAGUGAAAAUUAAUGCCAACACAGACGAGUAUACAGCUGUUGAGACGCAGUUUUCUAACACGAUUGGGUCUCAAUCAUCAAAAAUUAUUAGAGUAAGUUUUCCAAAAUUAGGAUAG